CUCUGACUUCUUGCCUUCCAUUUAAGAAGCAAGGACUAAGUAAACAUGAAGUUCUUCAUUCUUACCUGCCUUUUGGCUGUUGCUCUUGCAAAGCAUAAGACGGAAAAGGACUCCUCCAGUGAGGAAUCUGUCAGCAUCUCCCAAGAAAAAUUUAAGCAGGAAAAGAAUAUGGUCAUUUAUCCUAGUAAGGAGUCUGCUGAAGUUCCCAAAGAGAAAGUUAAGUCCGCUGUGGAAAAAAUGAACUACCUACAACAACUGAACAAAAUCAACCAAUUUUAUCGGAACUUGAACUUCCUCCAAUAUCUCCAGGCUUCUCAACAACAUCAGAUUGUUAUGAACCCAUGGGAUCAGAUUAAGACAAGGGCCUACCCCUUUAUUCCCACUGUGAACAGAGAACAGCUUUCCAUCAGUGAGGAAACCCCAAAGACUGUUGAUAUGAACAAAAUCAGCCAAUCUUAUCAGAAGUUCACCCUGCCCCAAUAUCUUAAGACUGUUCCUCCAUAUCAGACAACAACGAAGCCAUGGAAUCAGAUUAAGAUAAAUGCUUAUCAAAUUAUCCCCAUUCUGAGGCACCUUUAAAAUUCUUGAAUUAACAACUUCUACUUGAUUUUGGUUUGACUGGAAAAUCUAUCUUCUACAUUUUCUUAUCUACCAUAUUACUUCAUACUACCAGCUUGGACAGAUCUGUUAAUAAGGCAAAAAUAUUGAGCCAAAGGAAGACUGUGCAUAAUAUUUCCUGAGUCACUUAUACUUUUCCUGUUAAUUCAUGUUUAAUAUACUGGGUCUUUAUUGUGGUUUCAUACAAACUGGGCUGAUGAUUAUUUAAGAUGUUUUCAUCAUUCUUUCUGAGUUAGAAAACCACAUUUCUUUU